CAAUAAAAUAAAUAAAUAAUGUAAUUUUAUAAUCCUACUUACUCGAAAAAUGGCGGAGAUAAAGGAGAAAAGAUUGACAAACCGCGUAGUUGAAAUAAAAUUUCUACCCUUUUCUCACGCGUUUUUUUCUUCUCGCUGGCAAAGAAAAUCCAGGUUUGUCUUCUACUAAAACAGAGAACAAAAUUUACGGCAAUUCGCCUUCACUUCAAAGUCUUUCGUUUAGACUUUUUGGACAGUGUAAUCACCGCCACAUUUGGGUAGGCGAUCAUUUUGAUUCAUUUUGCUUAUUUGACCUACUCAUUUUCAUUCAUUGUACUGCAGAAAAGCAAGGGUUUUUGUUAACCAGCAAUUGAAAAAACUAUGAAAGAAAAUGGAGGGUAUCAGUGAGAGUAGAAGUAAUAUGCAGAAGCUUCAAUCUCCACCUUCAAAUUCAAUCCCCAAGCCUCAAAGCAACUUGGAUAUACCUAUUUUCAAUGCCUCUCAAAUGGGUUCUUCUUCUUAUAUGCGUUUGAGUCCUGAGAACAACAAUAAUAAAAGACCUGGGAUACCUCCUUCGCACCCCAACAACCCUGCUGCUUCAUUGCCUUAUUCACAGAUCAUUGGUUCUCGUCCCAGUUUACAACAAGGGGCACCGUCUCAUUCUAGGUCUUUAUCUCAACCCACAUUCUUUUCCCUUGAUAGCUUGCCCCCAUGGAGUCAUCCCCCUUAUUGCGAGUCUUCCGUCUCGUCUCUCUCCGAUCCUAGUUCUAAUGAUGUUUCUAUGGAAGAAAGGGUUGUCAAUUCUAAUGUUAGGACCUCACUUCCUUCACCUGUUGCUAAAGGAGGUAAUGAGUUUCGUGUCGGUGAGACUUCAAGUUUGCCUCCACGUAAAGGACAUAGGCGGUCUAGUAGUGAUGUUCCAUUAGGAUUUUCUGCUAUGAUUCAAUCUUCGCCUCAAUUGAUUCCAAUAGGGAGUCAUGGAAUGUUGGAUAGGUCAGUUUCAGGUAGGGAGAGUUCUUCUGGUGUGGAGAAACCGAUUCAGUUGGUGAAACGAGAAUCGGAAUGGAGCAAGGGUCGGGGUAGUAAUGUAGAAGUGACGGGUGAGAGGAAAACCGAGGGGGAUGUUGCGGAUGACUUGUUCAAUGCUUUCAUGAAUUUGGAAAAUUUUGAGACAUUGAACUCUUCUGGGACUGAGGAUAAGGAUUUGGAUAGCAGAGCUAGCGGCACAAAGACAUAUGGAGGUGAAAGUAGUGACAAUGAAGUCGAGAGUCAAGUAAAUGGACAGCCAAUCAGUAUGGAGGGAAUGAGUUCUGCUGUUUCAACUGGGAAGAGGGAUGGGGUCAAGCGGAGGGCUGGUGGAGAUAUUGCUCCAACUGUUAGACAUUACAGAAGCUUUUCAAUGGAUAGUUACAUGGGAAGUCUGCAAAUUGAUGAGGAUACACCGAAGAUUCCUCCUUUGGGAAAUCGGGGGGGUCAUCACUCUCCUGGUAGCUCAGCUGAUGCAAAUUCGAGCAAGUUCAACUUUGAGCUUGGGAGUAGUGAGUUCAGUGAAGCUGAGCUCAAAAAGAUCAUGGAAAAUGAAAAGCUUGCAGAUAUUGCAUCUAUGGAUCCAAAACGCGCCAAAAGGAUUUUGGCUAAUCGUCAAUCAGCUGCUAGGUCCAAGGAGAGGAAGAUGCGGUACAUUGCAGAAUUAGAACACAAGGUGCAAACUUUGCAAACAGAGGCAACCACAUUAUCUGCACAGCUAACAACAUUACAGAGGGAUUCUGCUGCGCUUACUAGCCAAAACAGUGAGUUAAAAUUUCGCCUUCAGGCCAUGGAGCAACAAGCCCAACUGAAAGAUGCACUAAAUGAAGCAUUAGCUGCUGAAGUCCAGCGACUGAAGCUCGCUCCACCAGAGCUCAGUGGAGAGGCUCAUCUUUCAAACUGCAUGGCUCAGCAGCUUUCCCUUAAUCAUCCAAUAUUCCAGUUACAGCCUCAGCAGCUAAAUGUUUAUCAGAUGCAGCUGCAGCAGCAACACCAACAACCACAGCACAGUCAGCAUAACCAGUUGCAGUCCCAGCAACAAAAUGGUGAUCCUACUGCAAAUGAAUCGAACUGAUGAUGAAAGUCCUUCAGCUUCUGUGUGCAGCCAAAAUAUCGUAUCAGAACUGGAUUUGAAAGAACAGUGAUCGUAUAGAGGUUUCUACAUCUAUUAUAUCUAUUUUAUUUAUUCUAUUAAACUUGACCAUUAUUUUGUUCAUUGGGUGCGUUGUCAUGCCAAGCCAGUGGAGAGUUGAAGCUAAACUCUACCCCUGUUGAUUCAUUUAUCUUAGACACAAACAACCUCAAGCAUUAUUUAUAUUUGAUAGUUAUAUUUUACUUUUCUCAGCCUGUAAUGACUACAUAUUCUGCUAUAACCUUGGAAUUUUAUCAUAAAUUUAGAGAUGUUACCAGUACUUUAAUUUGA